GGGCGUGGCUUAUCGCGCGCUGGCGAGCCGUUACGCGCGUUCCCAGCGGCGGCUGCGGCGGCGACGCGCGGGACGAGGAGAGCGGCACCGGGGCCCAACCGGGACCCAACCGGGACGGGACGGGGCCCUGUUCAGCCCUCCUUUCCCGCUCUGCCCCGUCCUCCCGGCGCGGCGCCUCCUUCCAGCAGCCGUGACGCUCCCGCCGGGGAGGCCGCACCGGGAGCCUCCGCUCCGCCAGGACCGGGCGGUGCCAUGAAGGAGGAGCGGCAGCGCCCCGGUGCCCUGGGUCACGCCGUCACCAAACCCGACAUCCUGGCCGAGGUGGAUCGCGGAGAGGCAGCCGUGGUGACCACCGGACAACUCGGAGAGCACCGGAACCCCCGGCCAUGCCCGACGCCCACCGCCGCCUCCCACGGUGAGCGGGACCGGGGCCAAAUCCUGCUGCGCCGGAGGGCGCGUUCCGGCGGCGAGGAGGUCCCUCAGCGCCGCGCUCCUCUCUCCGCAGGGUCCUGGUUGGGGAAGGAGGUGAAGAGCGAGGAAGAGGUGUCCCCACCACCGGAUUCCCCCCCAUCCCGCCGCGCCGGUGACCGUCCUGUGCCGCCGCCGCCGGAGCGGGGCUGUGGCUACUGUGGCAUCGCCGAGCCCGGUGCCGGUAACGGGGGUUUUAUUUCCCCUCUGGCUGCUUUCGAGAGCCGCCGCUGCCGGCUGCUUGAGCCGGAAUGCGCCGAGUGCGGCCGGGGCGGCGGGCAGAAACCAGAUUUGGUGCGGCACCGCUUGGCGCACGGCGGUGACGGCUCAUCCGCCUGCAGCCGCUGCGGUAGAGGCUUCGCCGAAGCGAUGAGACUGGAAACUGCCGGCAAUUCCAGUUGGUUGGUUCCAUGCGCUGGCCGCUCAGCCGGCACAGCCGAAGCGGGUCCGGCGGCUCCGCGGAAAGAGCGGAAGGAGCUAUCGCUGACGGAGAAGGUGCGGGUGUUGGAGAUGCUGGAAGGUCCCAAAGUAUCGCAGAGCGAAUUGGCCAAACGUUUCGGCGUUUCCCAACCCCAAAUUUGCCGCAUCAUCAAGAACAAAGAGCGUAUCCUCACCGAGUGGCACCGCAACGGCGACCCCGAGCGCAAACGCAAGCGGGAAGGGAAAGACGCCGCCCUCGAAGCCGCUUUGCUCCGUUGGGUUGAAGGCUCCCGCGCCGCCGAUUUGCCCGUUACCGCUCCGCUCCUCCAACUCAAAGCCAAACACCUCGCCGAGGCGCUGGGACGGCCCAACCCGGAGCCCGGCGGCACCUGGCUGGCGCGGUGCCACCACAACGUGGCCUUCAAGAAGCCACCGGCGGAGAAAGGAGACACGGAACAACCCACAGCCGAACACUGGGCCGGCGCGGUGCUGCCCGGCAUCCUCGGCGCCUACGCGCCAUCUGAGAUCUACACUUGCGGCGAGACGGAGAUCGUCAUCCCAGCCGGUGACCGGGUGACGCUGUUGGUGUGCGCCAACGCCGAUGGCUCGGAGAAGGCGCCGCUGCGGGCGGUUGGGAGGAGCCCUCGGCCUCGCUGCUUGCGUGGCGUCAACCUGGCCCAGAUGCCGUGGAGCUACCGCGCCAGCAGCCUGGGCGGCGUGACCGCCCCGCUCUUCGCCGAAUGGCUGCAGGAAUUCAACGAAGGGUUGCGGCGGCACGGGAAGAGCGUCCUCCUCGUCCUCGCCAAGCACGAAGCGCAUCCUUACCUCCAGCUCUCCAACGUUAGGAUGGUCUUCUUCCCACCGGCAACCGCCUUGGCCCAACCGCUGGACCGCGGCAUCGUCAGUGACCUCAAGGGUCACUACCGGCGCCGGCUGCUGCGGCGAAUGCCGGCGGAGCACGGCGUGGGGCAACCGACCCUCCUGGAUGCCCUCCACAUGUUGGCACAAGCUUGGGGGGACGUUUGUCCGGGGCUCAUCGCCGGCUGCUUCCGUGCCGCCGGCUUUGUCCCCGACACCGAAGCCCCGGUGCUCGCCGCGUUGCCAGGUUCCCUCAACCGGGAGCGGCUGGAACGCCACGGGAACCCAACGGAUGAGGACGCCGAUGAAGAUGAAGACCCGGUGGAAGGCAAGGAGGCGGCCGAGCCGGCGGCGGGACAGCCGUGCCCUUCGGAGCGGGAGGUGUGGGCGAGCCUGGCAACGCUACGGCGCUACCUAGAGUGCCGGGCCACCUCGCCGGACCUCUUCCAAGCCUUCUACGAGCUGGAGGACGCGGUGCAGAUGUUGUCGGCGAACGCCGGGCAAGCCCUCCUUGGGGACAAGCAGUGACCCGGUGCUCAUCGGGGGCCACCACCCAACGUGGCGUGGCCACCACCAGCUGAGUUGUACCGUGGGGUUUGCUGUGGGUCAAUGUGGUUUGGGGGUAAAGCAGAUGCCCGGUGGCAAACACCGUGUCCAGAUGCCACCAAGCCACCACCUCUGGAUGUGACCCAUUGAGGUGGUGGCACAAACCCUUUGCCGAAACCAUCUCGUAGGAGAUGUGGUGGAACUGCUUUGCCUUGAGUGGAAGAGUUGCGUUUGCUGAGGGUGUGGGUGAUGGUGCGGUGUCCCCAUGGUGGUAGCUCCUUCCCACGGGAUUUGAGGGGACCGGGAGCCACCGGCUGCUGUCACCACGCGGUGCUCAAGGUUUGCAGAAGGCAAU